AAAAUUUAGUAACCCAAGAUCAAGUCUCGGUUCAACUCUGGUUCAACUUUUCUUUUACUCUUAACAGUAGUAACAGAAUUAAAACCUUUUCAUUUCUUGAAUAACUAACUUUUUUUCGCUUUCCCCCCCAAAAAAACUUGCUUUCUUUGAUUCUUGCAUCAACAAUGGAAGCUGAAACUCAACGUAAAGUUGAAGAAACGGCGGCGAUGGAAGUUGACACUCAACGUAAAGUUUCAGAAACGGCGGCGAUGGAAGUUGACACUCAACGUAAAGUUUCAGAAACGGCGGCGAUGGAAGUUGACACUCAACGUAAAGUUUCAGAAACGGCGGCGAUGGAAGUUGACACUCAACGUAAAGUUUCAGAAACGGCGGCGAUGGAAGUUGACACUCAACGUAAAGUUUCAGAAACGGUGGUGAGCGCUGACACUCAUCGUAAAGUUUCAGAAACGGUAGUGAGCGCUGACACUCAUCGUAAAGUUUCAGAAACGGUGAUGGAUAUACUCACAAAAUGCAACACUGAAGUAGCGACUGAGUUCACCGUCCUAGAUGCCGCUUCCAAACGACUCGACCUUUCCGACUCACGCUGCAGGCAAUUCGUCAAAAACACCGUCCACUCUUACCUUAACCCCAUCGCCACCCACAAGAAACCGGUACCGGAAGAACUUGAGAUACACAAUGACGACGACUCUGAAGCUGUUAUUUGUCAGCUAUCAACCAACAGCAAGGUGACUGUUGGAAAUUUGAAAGGGAUGCCAUUGGUGUCAAUUAGGGAGUACGAUCUAAAAGAAGGAAAACUGCUUCCCACUGUUGAAGGGAUAAGUUUCACUCCUGAACAAUGGUCAACCUUCAAGAAUAAUAUUCCUGCCAUAGAGGAAGCUAUCAAAGAGUUGGAAAGAAGGCCAGGAUCAGGGCAUAGUGGCUGGAAAUAUGCUGAAGUUUCAAGUUCAGCUGCUGAUGUUCCUGUUGAGCCCGCCUCUAUUAAGCAUGUGCCCAUUGAGCUUGUCCCUAUUGAGAUCGUCCGUUUUGAUGGGAAGAAUUACCAAGUUUGGGCUGAACAAAUAGAAUUACUCUUGAAACAGCUGAAGAUUAAUCAUGUGCUUACCGAUGCUUGUGCUAGAAAAAUAUCUAAAGCCAAAGCUACUGAAAAGAGAUGGGUAAAUGAUGAUGAUUCAACGUGUCGUCGCAACAUCUUGUGUCAUUUGUCUGAUAGUCUAUUCAAUAAGUAUGCUAAUGGAAAAAUGAGUGCUAAGGAGUUAUGGGAAGAGUUGAAACGCGUUUAUUUGACUGAGGAAUAUGGAACCAAGACAUCUCUGAUGAAAAAGUAUAUUGAAUUUCAAAUGGUUGAUGAAAAAGCAGUUGCUGAUCAAAUUCAAGAACUUAAUGACAUUGCAGACUCUAUUGUUGCUGCUGGAAUGCAAAUGGAUGAGAACUUCCGUGUCAGUGUCAUCAUUUCAAAGCUUCCACUAUCAUGGAAAAACGUUUGCAUCAAGUUAAUGUGCGAGGAGCAACUACCUUUUAGGAUGUUAAUGAAGCACAUUACAAUAGAGGAAGAAUCUCGCAAUGGAGUCAAACAAGUUGUUCAACCAGAUAGUCAAGGAGGAAACAUAUGGGCUGACAUUAAGCAGUCGCAAGGUUUUAGAAAGUACCUGCCUAAUGUCUGCCAUAUUUGUGGUGAAAAAGGGCAUACUUAUAGAAAAUGUGCUAAAUUACCAAGGUUUGAUGGGAAGAAGAAAUACCAUCUUUGGGCUGAACAGAUGGAAUUACUCUUGAAACAGAUGAACAUCAUUUAUGUUCUUACCGAACCAUGUCCAACUGCUACAUUAGUGAAAAACGAUGCUAGUGCUGGAGAAAAUUCUAAAGCCAAAGCUGCUGAAAAGAAAUGGGUAAAUGAUGAUUUAAUGUGUCGUUGCUACAUCUUGGGCCAUUUAUCUGAUAGUCUAUUCAAUAAGUAUGCAAAUAGAAAAAUGAGAGCUAAGGAGUUAUGGGAAGAGUUGAAAUAUGUGUAUUUCACCGAGGAAUAUGGAACCAAAAGAUCUCUUGUGAAAAAGUAUAUUGAAUUUCAAAUGGUUGAUGAAAAAGCAGUUGCUGGUCAAAUUCAAGAACUUAAUGACAUUGCAGACUCUAUUGUUGCUGCUGGAAUGCAAAUAGAUGAGAACUUCCAAGUCAGUGUCAUCGUUUCAAAGCUUCCACUAUCAUGGAAAGACUUGUGCAUCAAGUUAAAGAGCCAGGAGUAUAUACCUUUGAAGAUGUUAAUGGAUUGCAUAAAAAUGGAGGAAAAAUCUCGCAAUGGAGUCAAGCAAGAUGGUGAACUCCAUCUGAAAAUGUAAGAUUGCACCAUGCCAAUAAAGGAGGAAUCAAGGGAAGCUGACAUGAAGUCGCCGCCAGGUUUUCCAAGGAAGUUUGAUCCAAAAACUAUAAUUACCAAGGAAGUCUCCAAAGUCUGAAUGCUCCACUUUUCUCCAGCAUCUUAUUUCUUUCUCUAGUCUAAAUCCCCUAUAACAGUUACAGAAUAGUUAAUGCACAUAUAACAGGGUAGUUAAACAAUCUGUAGUGGCAAAAUAAUAUUUGAUAUGCUAAUACACAAGUUUAAACAUGCAAUUAAGCAUUUCUCAGCAUCCACUUAGUGAGUUUUUCGUAAAUCUCUAAAAUAAAAUAAAAGCAAUUUACUUAUAUUAUUAUUUCUGUCCUAAAUUAUAAAGUAUAUGUCUAACAUUUAAGUAUUCAUGUCUAACAUUUCUCUCUCCCUUCCCUUUUUCAUUUC